AUGGAUUUUUACUACCCCACCAUCCAGUUUGGCCGAACUCGCACUCUUACAUUCAAUUCUACGCAAUACAAACUCAACUGCCUGCUCCAAGGCAUCCCUGAAACUAUCUACAACGAUGGUACACUACCUGCCAGCGUUACCCGCCGCGAACUCCCUAGCAGAAGCAUAUGCUUAAUUACUGCCCACGCUGCUAUACAAACUGCGGCAAAACACCCCAAACAAGUUGUGUGGAUUCAGCCAAGCGACUGGGACAAACUGCAACAACUACCAGCCCAAGAUUGCAACACAGACACGUUCCGCAAAUGCGUUGUAGGCUCUACCACAGCUAGUCUCGCCGCAAUCUCGCAAGACGAUUUCAAUUAA